CGACUCGAACGCAUACACCGUAGUGAAACCCUUAAGAAAAACUGAGACUGCCCGCCCCAUCAUCUCUGUUAUUACAACCGGUGAGCGCAUACCACCCUGCUUGAUCUUACAUUCGAUCCAGCAUCUGCUGUAUAUCUCCGCUUCUAUCCUCAACCCGGCUGGCCAGCCAUAACCCUCCUCCAAUGGCCGCAAACGGCACCAUCCAACCACCCUCUCACCCCAGCGACAGCAAACCCGUACAGAUAUCAGAAGUGCGACAAACAAACACGCGCGAGAACCGAACAGCAGCGCACUCCCACAUCAAAGGCCUCGGUCUCCGACCUGACGGCUACGCAGACACCGCCAGCCAUGGCUUCGUCGGGCAAACAGCGGCACGAGAAGCGUGCGGCGUCGUGGUGGAUCUCAUACGAGCGAAGAAGAUGGCAGGCAAGGCGGUGCUCUUAGCAGGUGGGCCGGGCACGGGCAAGACAGCGUUGGCGUUGGCGGUCAGUCAAGAGCUGGGGACGAAGGUGCCGUUCUGCUUGAUGACCGGGAGUGAGGUGUACAGUGCGGAGGUGAAGAAGACAGAGGCGCUGAUGGAGAACUUUCGGCGAGCGAUCGGAUUGCGAGUGCAGGAGCGGAAAGAAGUGUACGAGGGCGAGGUGGCAGAGCUUACGCCAGAGGAGAGCGAAAACCCGCUGGGCGCGUACGGCAGGACGAUCUCACACCUCGUUAUCACGCUGCGAAGUUCGAAGGGCACGAAGAAGCUGCGGUUAGAUCCGAGCAUAUACGAAGCAAUACAAAAGGAGCGGGUGAGGGUAGGCGAUGUAAUAUACAUCGAAGCCAACACCGGCGCAGUGAAGAGGGUGGGCAGGUCGGACGCAUUCAGCACGGAGUUCGACCUGGAGGCGGAGGAGUAUGUGCCCGUCCCCAAGGGUGAGGUGCACAAGAAGAAGGACAUUGUGCAAGAUGUGACGCUGCACGAUUUGGACGUUGCGAACGCGCGACCGCAGGGUGGCCAAGACGUGAUGAGCAUGAUGGGUCAGCUGAUGAAGCCGCGGAAGACCGAAAUUACCGAGAAACUGCGAGGCGAGAUCAACAAGGUCGUCAACAAGUACAUCGACCAAGGAGUAGCCGAACUUGUGCCGGGCGUGCUGUUUAUCGACGAAGUUCACAUGCUCGACAUAGAAUGCUUCACCUACCUCAACCGCGCGCUCGAAAGCAGCAUCUCACCCAUCGUCAUCCUCGCCUCUAACCGCGGGCUCACCACCAUCCGCGGCACAACCUCACCCCUAGCGCCUUCCGACCCUGGCCUCAUCUCCGCACACGGCAUUCCACCGGACUUAUUACCACGUCUCCUCAUCAUCCCAACACAUCCGUAUACCGCCCCAGAGAUCCGGACCAUUAUUCAAACGCGGGCACGGUUAGACCCGGAGGCUUUGGAUGAGCUGACGCGGCAGGGUGAGACGGUGUCGUUGCGGUAUGCCUUGCAGUUGCUUGCGCCCGCCGGCAUACUAGCGCGGGCGAGAGGCAGCGAGGGGAAUGUGAUUAGUGGUGGCGACGUCCAGGAGGCGACAAGUCUGUUCUGGGAUGCUGGGAGAAGCGCGAGUCAGCUGAGAGAGAAGGCGGGUGACUUCAUCUCAUGA